AACAUGGGUAGACGUCCAGCGCGGUGCUACCGCUAUAUCAAGAACAAGCCAUACCCAAAGUCCCGCUUCUGCAGAGGAGUUCCGGACGCGAAGAUCAGAAUCUUCGAUUUGGGAAACAAGAGGGCUAACGUUGACACCUUCCCAGCAUGUGUGCACAUGAUGUCCAACGAGCGUGAGCAUCUUUCCUCUGAAGCUCUCGAAGCCGCCCGUAUUUGCGCCAACAAGUACAUGGUCAAGAACUGCGGAAAGGACGGAUUCCAUCUCCGUGUUCGCAAGCAUCCAUUCCACGUCACCCGUAUCAACAAAAUGCUUUCCUGUGCCGGAGCUGAUCGUCUCCAAACUGGAAUGCGUGGAGCUUACGGAAAGCCACAAGGAUUGGUCGCUCGUGUCGACAUUGGAGAUAUUCUUUUCUCCAUGAGAAUCAAGGAAGGAAACGUCAAGCACGCUAUUGAAGCCUUCCGUCGUGCCAAGUUCAAGUUCCCAGGACGUCAAAUCAUCGUCUCUUCCCGCAAGUGGGGAUUCACCAAGUGGGAUCGCGAAGACUACGAGCGCAUGCGUGCUGAAGGAAGACUCCGCUCCGACGGAGUUGGAGUUCAACUCCAACGUGAGCAUGGACCACUCACCAAGUGGAUUGAGAACCCAAUCUAAUUUGGUAUCCACUGUAUUUGUUGAAAGCAAAUAAAUAAUUUCUUAUGUU